ACUGGAUGAAGAGAAGAAAGUCUUACCUACAUUGUAAGAAUUGCCACUCUAUAUACCCGUUACAAUAUGUCCGUGUUAGCAACGUUGAUUGGCAACGCCUUGUCUCAUGGCCCCCACGUAUUUCUCCGCCGGGGACGAGAGAUAGCCGGCGUAACGAAGGGGUGUCGAUUCCUCCGUCGCGUUUAUUUCAUUCAAUUUCCUCACCCUCUAAUUCCUCAGGCAAAUUGAAUGGACAACUAACAUUGGUAUCUUGAUUGUUGAAAGUGUCAGCCACGAUGAGGCUCACUCCUCCCGAGUUGCAACAGAUCCAUUUUGGGACCGGUCCUCGUGGAUAUGAGCCUAUAACGCAUCAUGAUGCCAAGCCGGAUACGUACGUACAGGAAGAGGAAGAUUAUCGAGCUGCUCUUUCGAGCGAAUGCCCUUUGCAUAAAUGGCCUCAACACUCAUAUCGUGCAUUUUGCCCUCGACCAAUUCUUGUCAACAAGCGGCAUCAGCGACAGUUAUCAGAAUUGCAUGAGGCUUUGGCUGCUGCUAUCACUGACAUUGUUGGGAGAUGGUGGACUGACGAUGCAGCGGGAUUCCCCAAGCGUAUGCCUCUGCAGAAGGAAGAGGAAGAUUUCUUGCAGUGGUUAGAAUCCCAAGUAUCGCGCGGAGAUCGACCGCCUUACUCUGCAUGCCAAGGAGCAUGGAGGCCAGACUUCAUGGUUGAGGAAGAUAAGAAUAGCUGUGACGAUGAGGCAACAGAAAAAUUCCGAAUCACAGAAAUUAAUGCCCGCUUCUCUUUCAAUGCGCUCUUUCAUGUAGCAUACGGUCAAAGAGCUCUAGAGAAAAUGGGUAUAAGGACUAAUGGGUUAUCCGGCGCGAUAGACGCAGGCAAGUUCCUUGAAGGGGCAUUCAGUCUCACCAAACCUGAUAUUCCUCUACAUAUUCUUAAGGGGGAAGAGGCUGGACUUGAUAUACACCUAUUCUUAGACGCCGCUCAACAUCACCGAGGUUCCGCGACACGACUUAUUCGCCCUUCGGAUCUCAGACUAGUUCCUGAUCCCCAGAAUGAAGGAGAAUAUCGCCUCUGUUGCCUCGUUGAAAAGAGUGGAGAUGCCAAUGGCUCCCAGGCAUCUUCUAUCUUUACAACUUGCAAUGGAGAACUAGUGGAAGAAAUUCAACAAGUUGGCCUCGAACUCUAUCAGCAGGAGUUGCUCUCUCUAGAACCAGAGAUGUUACGUCAGAUUAGCCUACGGUGUUUCAACGACAUGCGGUCUAUCUUUCUAGUCCAUGACAAGCGUAUUCUAGGUAUCGUGAAGCAGGAACUUCAGCCACUAGUAGCGCGGGGAGUGUUAACCCCGAUCCAAGCACAGAUCUUGGACGAAGGAAUUGUGGAUACGAUACUACCCGGGUCACAGGAGCUAGAUCAACUUCUCCAGCUUUCCAGAGCCUCGCCCAAACUGAAAGAUAACUACAUCAUCAAAGCAGUACGCGAUGGUAAAGGGGCUGGGAUUGUAUUUGGCGAAGAUCUCACAGAAGACGAAUGGGUAUCUGCUCUUGGGCAACUACGAUCUCCUGAAUUAACCGCGGGGACCAAUAGCAUUGUACAGCGUCGGAUCAUACCUCGCUUGUACGAUGUGAUACUGAGUACAUCAGGGGAGAGGCUGCGAUACCCGCUUGUGGGAACAUAUCAUUCCAUCCACGGAAGGCUUCUUGGAUUGGGGAUCUGGCGUUCUACCAACGAUCGAGUAUGUGCAACUACGAAUAGGAAUUCUUGCAUAUGCUCUGUCGUCGAUGUCAACGCCGCUGAAGCACGCAAUUAGUAAUUUUCCACACGAGGCUGUGGUAAUACUAUAUGAGCGUCUACUCAAGUAAAACGUAUAUAAGCUAUAGUUUUCUCCCACAGGCAUUUUUUUCCUAUCAAAUGCCGUCAGGCCUAGGGUUGAUGAAUAUUCUCAACAAAUCCAUGGUUUUAGCUCUUUUCUUGCGAGACAUAGCAAACGAUUCAGCUUCAUACCAUCAUAUAUAGGUUUUUUAAAUAGCAGUCAGCAUCAAUCCCUUCAAAUCUGUACGGUGCGUAGGUAAGGUUUUACAACCCCCUUCUGUCAUGAUAUACUGUGUCCUUUUAGAAAAGGGGGCCAGCCCAAGAAGAUGAUUCAAGCUUCUUUAUGGUCCGUGUUAAACCUCAACAUAUAACGAACACCAUUCUUACGUUCUGGAUUGCUGAAUUGCAGCUUUGGCAUUUGAGAUAAGUACAUAGAAAAAGAAGCAUCAGGAGCAAGCAAGUUGCAUUGCCC